AUGACGCAGACUCAAGACUACUCUGAUCUUUUACGGCAAUUUUCCGAGCCGGUGUACCUACCCCAUGACGGGGUAGCUUUUGACUGGGAUUUCGAAGAUGUCCUCAACAAAAGCCUCGAUCCAAUCGGAUCAAGACUCGAUUCACUAAAUCGAAAAACACAAGUUUCAUUCAUCCCCAUCGCUCGGCCGCGGAAAAAUCCACCGAGUGCGCGUGAGAAGAAAAGCCGUCCGGAAUCUCGACUAUCAAGUUCCAGCCUCAUUAGGCGUACGCUCUCGCGGACUCAUACUUUUGCAAGAAGCUUCAACCGAAUCGUUGGUUUUGAAAAAGAUGAAGAGCAGCUCGACGAAAUCAUUGAAAACCCUUAUGAAUUCAAAAAAGCGGGAUCUUACGCGCACAAGAAGAGGCAUCACGAUCCGUACUCACGAAGAAAAAGAUUUAUUUAUAAAUUUCAAGCUUUUGGGAUUUUUAUUUCGAUCGCGAUGAUCAUUUGGUCAAAUGUUGUUCUUCAAAGCGAAUCGAUAAAAAGCUUGGGCGAAAAAGAACUCGAAAGUAUUCAAUUUGUAAUAGGAAGCUAUCGUUUCAAAUUCGACGAUGGGCUUCGAGCCAUCCGCUCAGUCGGAAUCGCCAACUUAGUCCUAAACUCAAUAGGAGUAGUCGCCACUUUCACAGGAAUCUACUCAGGAAUGAUCGUCUAUUCCAUCUACACCGCCUUUAUGACCCUCAUCGCUAUCGUUAACUACAGCGUUUUCAUCUCCGACUCGGCGAGAAUCAUGAGAACUGCUGGAGAAAACUUUCAAAAACUUUGGAUGAUUUAUUCACUCGGCCGGUCCGCGUGGACAAAGAAAUUCGAAGAAGCCAACAAAUGCUGUGGUUUUUACAACGGACUUGACUACUGCGGCGAUUAUAUUACGGAAAUGAUUCUCGACCCUGAAAUAAAAAGUGAUCUCAAAAAAAUUCACGAUAAAUUAGAUGAGUUGGAGCACCAGCCGCAGUUGAAGUCGCCACUGCCGAUGGAAGGGCAGAGCGCGUACAGUUAUUACUCAGAGGAAUCAAAUUUUGAGGAAGAGGGGAUCAACGAAACCAAUAAUCUUGAAAUCUCUUCCAAAACCGAUGAUUCAUCUUCCUCAUCGUACAGUUACGAUGACUACCUUUUGGACACCAGAAGCGCUCGCCUGUCUCCUUACUCCCCGAACUCUCCGUGUGAGCUCAUUACAAGUCUGGACAUCAAUUUCGGCCUGAUGUACCGCCCAUGCACGAAACGCGGCGAGCAAAUCUUAUCCGUCUACGAUGUCUGCCCUAAAGACGUGUGUUUCACUGAGGGCUGCCAGCCAACCCUAGAAUAUUACGCAAAAUGGAAUGUGAUAAUUCCUUUGUUAAUUUUUCUUGCCGUUUAUUCCCUGGGCUUUAUUUUUGGCCUGAUUUUUAUUUUUCAAUUGACGCACAAUUUCCGCAAAACCGUGGGUCUGGAAAGAAGAAGAACUCUUCAGAGAAAAAGCUCGAGGGAAAGAAAGAAUAUUUACAAAGCGCCAGCUUGGGUUUCGAUGGAGGAUGAUAAGUUCCCGCAGCUGAUCUGGGGGUAUCUUUCGAGAUGCUUUUACUCCGAUUAUAUAAAAAUAAAAGAAGGAUAG